CCUAACUUCUCUCUCUUUCUAUUUUCUCUUUCUUUCUCUCUCAAAUUACUCCUUUUCUCUUUCUCUUCCACUCUCUGUCUUCUUUGACCAAUAUUGGGUGGGAAAUGGAGGUUGGUGGGUUUUAUGCUGACUUGGCUUCCAUGGAGAGAACGAUGGUCUUCUCUGUAGUGGAAGCUCUGGCCAUGGAGGUUUUAUUGGCUGCUCAGAGGUGCUGUUUCGCUUACCUCCUUGUGCAGAAGAAGACUGGAUCUCUAACCAGUUUGAACGAUGAGUCUCCAAGAUUUACUGGGAUUGAUAAGAGGUUCCCAUUAGAUCAACUUAAGAGAAAGGAACAACCUGAACUUGAAAACAAAGAUGCUAGUGAUUCUGAGAAUGAUGAUGGAGAGGAUGAUGAUGAUGAACAGGAUGCUGCUGCCGAUGAUGAUGAUGAGGAUGAAGAUUUCUCAGGUGGAGAAGAAGAUGAUGACGACGAUGAAGAAGGGAACCCGGAAGAAGAUGCUAAGGCUAAUGGUAAAGGGGGUAGUGAUGAUGAUGAAGACGAGGAUGAUGAUGAAGGAGAUGAAGAUGAUGAAGGAGAUGAUGAUGAUGAGGAAGAAGAUGAAGAUGAGGAAGAUGAAGAGGACCAACCAGCUGCUAAGAAGAGGAAGUGAAGAGAAAGAUUGUUCUUCUUUCUUAUAUAUCUCUAUUAUGGCUGUUUUGACUUUUAGAGUAGGAAGAAAUUAGAGAUACUAUUUAUCUAUCAUCUUCUUCUUGUCUUUGUUUGACUGGUUAGAUCUCUUCUCAUUUGUUCUCUGCAUUUCUUUUAACUUAUGUUGUCUGCAUUUUAGACUUUGUUUUGUUUGUAUUUGUGCAAAAUGAGAAUCUUGUUAUCUUUCUCA